UUUUUGUUUGACGUCUUCCUCCUACUUCCUCUCUCUGCGCCUCUUGCCUCAAUACUCAAUUCACAAUUCUGAACCUCAAACAGUGCAGUGCCGUCAAACACACGUUCUACUAGACUAGAAUCUAGAUCUAGAUCUAGGGCUGAACUAAAACUUUCGAGUUUCGUGUCUGUUGAACUAGAUCUAGAAAUUUAGAUCUAGAUUCUAUUGAAACUGGGUGGUAUUGACAGAGAUAAUGAUGGAGUAGAUCUACUACUACACUACGACGUGAUGUAACUUCGAAUUUUGUCUCCACUCCACCGUUUGUAUUGUUGGAAGAAUGGCUCAAAGAUUGAAGUUAUGGUUCGCGGACCAAGUUGCACGCAAUUUGAGGCUUCCUCAGAAGGGACCAGUUGGCUGGUUCACUGUGAGGGCGAUGGUGAAAAAAAAUAGCUUCUUAGAAAAGAAUGCAGUGAUCCUAUGCGACAUGAAACCAGAUCACAAUGUUCUGGAGAUAGGAUUUGGUCCCGGUGUUGGCCUCGAGUCUGCAUACAAUGUAGUGAAAGGUGGCUCCGGCAAAGUCUAUGGUAUCGACACUUCCUUCUUCAUGGUGGACACAGCAAAACGAAGACUUACUCAGGCCGUGAAGGACAAGAAAGUGAUGCUGUUUCACGGAAGUGCCACGCACAUCCCUCUCAACACUGACUCUGUUCACCGUGUAUUUCACUGUAAUUGUUACUAUUUCUGGCCCAAUAUGCGGUCAGUGAUGAGAGAAAUCUACCGGGUCAUGCGGCCUGGAAGUGUCAUGGUCACCACACUCAAUCUGAACUCGCUGCAAAUGACACAGAAAAAAGGCUUUCUUCAGUAUGGUCGUCCAGAUCCAGUGAAGUAUAUGACUUGUUUGGAAAAUUUUGGGUUUGAAAAUGUUCAUCUGGAAUAUCGCAAAGAUCCUGGCACAGGGGAUCCGUUUCAAGUGAUCUUUGCAGAAAUAAAAGAGAAGCCGGCACAUGACAAGGCCAUGCUGAGUGAUGAUGAGGACGAUGAGCUGGAGAGGGAAGAAAUGCUGAAGGAUGACAAAGUGUGUCUGAAGAACCUCACAGAUAAGCAGAUGGUGUCUUGACACAGGACCGCGCGUCAUGUUCUUCUGUGAAAGUUGAAAGUGUUUUUGUACUUCUGGGUGAAAUUCUUACGUGUGGAAAGAAGUGAUAAAAUGUCCAGAAAAUUUGGUGUACAUUUAGAAUGCGAUUUUUGUGUUCAUGUAGUUCAGAUGGCUUUUUUUUUUUUCCUUCAGAAUUUGUCUUCACAACAGUGCUGUAUUGUAUAACAUGCAAGAGUCCUAUGGUCAUGUAUAUAUAUUGAAUAAAUGUUGAUUUUUCUGAUAGCAUAGUGCAGUAUUGCAAAGCAUGCAAUUGUUUGGAAUGAGUGUCAUGUCUUAGGGCCUAGUCAAAAAGAAAGCAAGCUUUAUCUUCUGCUGUGUGAGCGCAUGCAUUCAGUGAUUAUUCUGGUCUCUGGACUGGUUUAGCUGUGGGCCAAGUUCUGGUUAUGCAAAAUUACCCUGCACCUGGGCUCGUGAGAGCGCUGGUGCUUUUGAUUUGUCAGUCGUGACUUCGUGACUAAUGGUAAUGGUAGUGCCUUGUGGUGGUGGGGAGGACACUGGCACAACAGAGCAGACAGACAUUUCAUAACUAACUGUUGUUUCACAAAAGAUGGUGAGCAGGGCAGGAGGAAUAUGAAACGAAUGAAAAGUUUCCUGCAAAUGCUGAAUGCUGCUUUUCUGAAUACUAGAUUUGUUUCCGUUUGCUAUAGUUCAUCUGUAGAUGGCUUACCCAUUUGUUGUAACGUUUUUGUAGCUUUGAAGAAAAUUGAAUCAAUGUAUUUUGUGCCAUUCGUCGUCCAAUACCAUUACCAGGCAAAGUUCUUGUAGCAGGGUGGCCAGGGAAGUCGGAAAUUUUUGUUUAAGUCGGAUUUUUGUCGGAAAAAUUUUGUUCCAACGGAAAUGGUUGGAUAAACGUCGGCAGUAAAAGGAAAUUUGAGGAAAUCUGUAAGUUGCCUCUGGAUAGACCCGGGAAAAUACAUAAACGUUCUUGAAUAUUUGAAAACCAAAUCCGAUAACGUCCCUAAGUUCAUUUUGUCGGUCGCGAUCAUUCAGCUUUUCCUGGUCUGAGAGUACGUUUCAUGCGAAGAGGCGGCUAUGGUGGCCAGCGGAAGUGUACGAGUGAUGCCGAGGCUCGAUCGGGAAAAGCUAGAUCUACUUUCGCUUUCACUACCUCCCUGAAAUUUGCCGGUAAAAGUCUGAUAACACAACAUUGUUGUAACAUUAGUUUGUGCAUUACAAAGGCUGUGUCGCUAUGAAAAUAAAUCAAUGUUUGUCACUUGUGUAAAAAGAAAAGAAAGUUAUACAAGCGUCUUGUCGGGCUCGCCGUCGUGACCGGUCACUGAACUUGCACGUUUGUAUGUCACACACAUGUUGAUAGGGCAUCAAGUGAGUACCGCGAAUGUUAGGGUCACUAAAGUUCAUUUUAAGUCUGAGCUUUGCGAAGUAUAGGACUCCGGGAUGGCAAAAUUAUUAAUUUUUUUUAAAAGAUACACUCGGGUGGGGUGGGGUGGGGGGGUGUUAAAGGCAACACCAGGGGAAAAAACUAAACUUGGUUACAAAUUUUAGCAUUUAGAAUUUUGAUUGCAACGAGAGCUUUCUGCAUAGCGCGUGUUGUGCAGGACUUGUGUGGAAUCUGGAUCCGUCAUACUUUGUCAGCUGUGUUAUUGAACUAAAGGGUUGGCGUGUCAUUGCAUGGGUAAUAGUCGUUUGACCAUGGAAAAACUCAGCAAGAUAGUCUUUGGAGAGUAGAAGACUGACGGCACUUGGCAUUCUGAAACCCAGACUAGAAACAGACUUAUUUUUCUUAUGAUUUUUGUGACUAUAUAUGUGUAGACUAUAAUUAGAGAGAGAGAUCUAGACUAGAUCCAGCAUCAUGGGAAAGUGCUACUUCAUCAACACUGAGUGAUUGUCCAACCCUAAGUAUUCAGAAUGAUUGGUAGAGUAUCCAAAUGAUAAAAGCAAGUUUAGAUUUAAAAAAUUUGUUCCCAAGUAUUUGUCAUUGGUCAUUCAGGUGUAAAAGCUUUGAACACUCACAUGGUGCCUCAAAAACACAUGAAAGCCCAAACCAGCCAGUGUGGUGCCAAAUCUAUUCUUAAGGUUACCAAGAACAGAACAAGUGUUGUGAGAGAUACUGAAAGGAGCACCAACAGUAAUAUAAUAGUGAUCAACUAGAGCAAUUAUUGACACGGGUCUUCUCAUUCAUGAGAUGUUUUCAGGCUGAAAAAUAGCUGAGAUUUCAGUCUAGUUGCUCAAAACGUGGCUACCCUGGAACAUUAAUUGGGAUUGCCCCAGUGAUGUUGUUGGCUAUCCUAAGAUGUGUACGAAAUAGCUCCUUCUACAUGAUUUUCUUUGACGAGAGCUGUGACACUGACAAUGGCAAGAAACAGCUUGACUUAUAGUGGUAGGAUUUUUUUUUUUGGUGUGGUAGGAUUUUUAGGAAGAAAAUUUCCCUGGCCACCCUGUGUAGGUUAUCCGCAGGUCACCACAUGCCUCAACUUUGAGUGUGUCCCAGAUUCUCCAUGGGAUUCUCAAUACAGGGUGAUUUUGCUGACCACUCAAUAUAGGUGGUAUUUGUAGUCAAUGCCAAUAAUUUUUUGUGCGUCUCAUGAUGAAGAAAAUAAUUGUCAAUUAAUACAACAAGACGAGGUUGAUGUCUGUCUGUGAUAAAGAAGAAUGGUAAUGGGAUUAUACAGUUCUUCAUGGGAAGGGAAUGAUUUUUUCAAUGGUUUCAGUAGUCCUGUAUUUUUUUGUACAGUAUCUUUUAAGAUAUUUUAAGGGGAAAAAGUAUUGCCCCUGUUUUCAUGUACAGAAAUGAAUAAAAUUUCAGAAUGAAUAAAACAA